CCCUCCGAGGAGGGGGCAUGGUGUGGAUAAAAGAGACGAAAAGUCAGGGGGAGGUUUCCAAAAAAACGCUCCGAUUCCCCUUCAGAAGGCUACAGCGACUGGGAGAAGGCGCGAAGGUGCAACAGCAGUGCGCGCGCAGCUGGAGACAGAGCGCGAUCGCUGGGCUCAGGGCGCGCAGCCCCGGGCCGCUCCCGCCGCCAGGCCCUCGCUCCAGAGAGAGCUCGGCCCGUAGUCUGACUCUGGGGCUAGACGGGGAAAGGCGGGCCACCCGGUGGGGUCCAGAGCGCAGCCCGCUGGCGGCCUGGCGCACCGACAGCGAGCCCCUGGGCUGUUCCCCGCGCGCACCGCUCUGCAGCCGCCCAGGCGCCAUGAGGCCCUCGACCACCCGCCGCUGCCCCGGCGCCCUGAGAAACCCCUGGAGGAGCUUCCUGCCGCUCACCCUGGCUCUCUUCGUGGGCUUGGGUCAUGCUCAGAGGGACCCGGUGGGAAGAUACGAGCCGGCUGGCAGGGACGCGAAUCGGCUGCGGCGCCCCGGGGGCAGCCACCCCGCAGCGGCUGCAGCCAAGGUGUACGGUCUGUUCCGGGAUCAGGACGCGUCGGUCCCGGGUUUGCCGCCCGAGGAGCGGGCCCAGUCUGGCUGGGGCAGCGCCAGGAGGCCCGCCGAGACGGAGGCCAGGAGGCCGCCCCGCGCGCAGCAGCCGCGUCGAGUCCAGCCACCUGCGCAGACUUGGAGAAGCCGUUCCUUGAGCCAGCAGCAGCCGGCAUCCCGGGACCGGGCGGCCCCAGCUCUCCCGCGCCUCGGGACGGUUCAGCGGCCGCGGGCUGCGCGAGGGCGGCUUACGGGGAGGAAUGUCUGCGGGGGACAGUGCUGCCCGGGAUGGACAACGGCAAACAGUACCAACCACUGUAUCAAACCCGUGUGCCAGCCGCCCUGCCAGAACAGGGGCUCCUGCAGCCGGCCCCAGCUCUGUGUGUGCCGCUCCGGCUUCCGGGGAGCCCGCUGCGAAGAGGUCAUUCCUGAGGAGGAAUUCGACCCCCAGAACUCCAGGCCGGCACCCCGACGCUCAGCCGAGGGGUUCCCCAACCUGCGCAGGAGCAGCGCCGCUCGAGAAAGCAGCACAGCCAGAAUGCGGCCACCAGCACCCCAGCCGCCACCGGCCAGGACCCUGAGCAGGCUCAGCCAGACCCACCCCUCCCAGCAGCACAUGGGGCUGUCCCAGACUGUCCGACUUUAUCCGGCUGCAGCAGCCAGUGGCCAGCUGACUUCCAAUGCUCUGCCCGUGGGGCCAGGCCCUGAGCGGAGGGAUGGUGCCCAGCAGACAGCGUAUGUGGACCACCUGUCAUCCCCCUGGGGGCUGAACCUCACAGAGAAAAUCAAGAAGAUCAAGAUCGUCUUCACACCGACCAUCUGCAAGCAGACCUGUGCCCAUGGGCGCUGUGCCAACAGCUGCGAGCGUGGCGACACCACCACCCUGUACAGCCAGGGUGGCCACGGGCAUGACCCCAAGUCUGGCUUCCGCAUCUAUUUCUGCCAGAUCCCCUGCCUGAACGGAGGCCGCUGCAUCGGCAGGGACGAAUGCUGGUGCCCCGCCAACUCCACCGGGAAGUUCUGCCACUUGCCUGCCCCCAGGCUGGACCCGGAGCCUCCAGAGAGGGGCCCCCGCCACAGGACCCCACUGGAGGGCCCCUUGAAGCAGUCCACCUUCACGCUGCCUCUCUCCAACCAGCUGGCCUCCGUCAACCCCUCCUUGGUGAAGGUGCACAUCCACCACCCGCCUGAGGCCUCCGUGCAGGUCCACCAGGUGGCUCGGGUGCGGGGCGAGGCUGAGGGGGCCCCCGAGGAGAACAGCGUGGAGACCAGACCCUCGCCCCGGUUCCCCACCGGCCCUGGCCACAGCCCCUGGAACAGCAACAGCAUCCCCACUCGGUCCAGAGAGGCUCCUCGGCCACCACCCCCAGUGGUGCCCCGUCUUCGGCCACUUCUGGGGCGGUGCUACCUGAGCGCCGUGAAUGGACAGUGUGCCAACCCCCUGCUGGAGCUGACUGCCCAAGAGGACUGCUGUGGCAGUGUGGGAGCCUUCUGGGGGGUGACCUCCUGUGCCCCCUGCCCACCCAGACCAGCCUCCCCAAUGAUUGAAAAUGGCCAGCUGGAGUGUCCGCAGGGGUACAAGAGACUGAACCUCACUCACUGCCAAGAUGUCAACGAGUGCUUGACCUUGGGCCUGUGCGAGGACUCAGAGUGCGUGAACACCAGGGGCAGCUACCUGUGCACCUGCCGACCUGGCCUCCUGCUGGACCCGUCCAGGAGCCGCUGCGUGUCGGACAAGGCCGUCUCCAUGCAGCAGGGGCUGUGCUACCGGUUGCUGGGGCCCGGCACCUGCGCCCUGCCUCUGGCCCAGCGGAUCACCAAGCAGAUAUGCUGCUGCAGCCGAGUGGGCAAAGCCUGGGGCAGCAAGUGUGAGACGUGCCCCUUGCCUGGCACAGAGGCCUUCCGGGAGAUCUGCCCUGCUGGCCACGGCUACACCUACUCAAGCUCAGACAUCCGCCUGUCCAUGAGGAAAGCCGAGGAGGAGGAACUGGCCCGGCCUUCAUGGGAGCAUGUGCAGAAGAGCCAUGGGACCCCGCCUGGGCCAGCAGACAGGCAGCCACUCCGGGCAGCUACCGGCACCUGGUUGGAGGCGGGGACCAUCACUGACAAGGGUGACGCUCAGGCUGGCCAGGUCACAACCAGUGUUACCCAGCUCCCUACCUGGGUCCCAGGAGAUGCCAUAGGAAGACCAACGCCAUCACUGCCUGCACGGGGGAUCCCGGAGGCCCAGGAAGAAGAGCAAGUGACCGCCCCCACGGAUGUGCUGGUGACCCCGGCCCCCCCAGACAUUGACAGAUGUGCCACUGGAGCCACCAACAUCUGUGGCCCUGGAACCUGUGUGAACCUCCCCGAUGGAUACAAAUGCAUCUGCAGCCCCGGCUACCGGCUGCACCCCAGCCAGGCCUACUGCACCGAUGACAAUGAGUGUCUGAGGGACCCCUGCAAGGGAAGAGGGCGCUGUGUCAACCGCGUGGGCUCCUAUUCCUGCUUCUGCUACCCUGGCUACACGCUGGCCACCUCGGGGGCCACACAGGAAUGCCAAGACAUAGACGAGUGUGAACAGCCAGGGGUGUGCAGCGGGGGGCGGUGCACCAACACAGUGGGUUCCUACCACUGCGAGUGUGACCAGGGCUACAUCAUGGUCAGGAAGGGACAUUGCCAAGAUAUCAACGAAUGCCGUCACCCCGGCACCUGCCCCGAUGGGCGAUGCGUCAACUCCCCCGGCUCCUACACUUGCCUGCCCUGCGAGGAGGGCUACAGGGGCCAGAGCGGCAGCUGCGUAGAUGUGAACGAGUGUCUGACCCCUGGGGUCUGCGCCCAUGGGACGUGCCUCAACCUGGAGGGCUCCUUCAGAUGCUCUUGCGAGCCCGGCUAUGAGGUCACCUCAGACGAGAAGGGCUGCCAAGAUGUUGACGAGUGUGCCAGCCGGGCCUCGUGCCCCACGGGCCUCUGCCUCAACACCGAAGGCUCCUUCACCUGCUCGGCCUGCGAGAGUGGGUACUGGGUGAACGAGGAUGGCACUGCCUGUGAAGACCUAGAUGAGUGUGCCUUUCCGGGAGUCUGCCCCUCGGGAGUCUGCACCAACACUGCCGGCUCCUUCUCCUGCAGGGACUGCGAGGAGGGCUACCGGCCCAGCGCCCUGGGCCACACCUGUGAGGAUGUGGAUGAGUGUGCAGACCCCCAGAGCAGGUGCCUGGGAGGCGAGUGCAAGAACACGGCCGGCUCCUACCAGUGCCUCUGUCCCCAGGGCUUCCAGCUGACCAAUGGCUCCGUGUGUGAGGACGUGGACGAGUGUGUGGGAGAAGAGUACUGCGCGCCGCGGGGCGAGUGCCUCAACAGCCACGGCUCCUUCUUCUGUCUCUGCGCCCCGGGCUUUGCCAGCGCAGACGGGGGCACCAGCUGCAAGGAUGUGGACGAGUGUGCAGUCACUGAUCGGUGUCUCAGGGGGCAGUGUGUCAACACCGAGGGGUCCUUCAACUGCCUGUGCGAGACUGGCUUCCAGCCCUCCCCAGAGAGCGAGGAGUGUGUGGAUAUAGAUGAGUGCGCCAACGACACCGUGUGUGGGAGCCAUGGAUACUGCGACAACACUGAGGGCUCCUUCCGCUGCCUCUGUGACCAGGGCUUCGAGACUUCGGCCUCUGGCUGGGACUGCGUUGAUGUGAACGAGUGUGAGCUCAUGCUGGCGGUGUGCGGGACGGCGCUCUGCGAGAACGUGGAGGGCUCCUUCCUGUGCCUCUGCGCCAACGACUUGGAGGAGUAUGAUGCUCAGGAGGGGCACUGCCGCCCACGGUUGGCUGGAGGUCAGAGUAUCCCUGAGGCCUCGCCAGGGGACCGCUCCCCAGUCCCCAUCCGCAUGGAAUGCUACUCUGGGCAGAAGGGCCAGCCGCCCUGCUCCAGCCUUCUGGGCCGGAACACCACACAGGCUGAGUGCUGCUGCACCCAGGGCACUGGCUGGGGAGAUGCCUGUGACCUCUGCCCAGCUGAGGACUCAGUUGAAUUCAGCGAGAUCUGCCCUAGUGGGAAAGGCUACGUCCCUGUGGAAGGAGCCUGGAUGUUUGGACAGACCACGUACACAGAUGCUGACGAGUGUGUGAUGUUCGGGCCUGCUCUCUGCCGGAAUGGCCGCUGCCUCAACACAGUGCCCGGCUACAUCUGCCUGUGCAAUCCCGGCUACCACUACGACGCCAGCCGCCACAAGUGUGAGGAUCACGACGAGUGCCAGGACAUGGCGUGUGAGAAUGGCGAGUGUGUGAACACAGAGGGCUCCUUCCACUGCUUCUGCAGCCCUCCCCUCACCCUGGACCUCAGCCAGCAGCGCUGCGUGAACAGCACCAGUGGCCUGGAGGACCUGCCUGACCACGACAUCCACACGGACAUCUGUUGGAAAAAAGUCACCAAUUAUGUGUGCAGCCACCCCCUGCACGGGCGCCGCACCACCUACACGGAGUGCUGCUGCCAGGAUGGCGAGGCCUGGAGCCAGCAGUGCGCGCUGUGUCCCCCCAGGAGCUCUGAGGUCUACGCUCAGCUGUGCAACGUGGCCCGGAUUGAAGCAGAGCGGGAGGCUGGGGUCCACUUCCGGCCGGGCUAUGAGUAUGGCCCCGGGCCCGAGGACCUGCACUAUGGCCUCUACGGCCCAGAGGGGGCCCCCUUCUACAACUACCUGGGCCCCGAGGACGCCAUCCCCGAGCCACUCUUCCCCAACACAGUCAGCCGCCCAGAGGACCACACCCUGGUCCUCGAGCCUCCCCUGCAACCCUCAGAACUCCAGCCUCACUACGUGGCCAGCCAUCCAGAGAACCAGGCUGGCUUUGAAGGGCUUCAGGCAGAGGAGUGCGGCAUCCUGAACGGCUGUGACAACGGCCGCUGCGUGCGUGUGCGGGAGGGCUACACCUGCGACUGCUUCGAGGGCUUCCAGCUGGACACGGCCCAGAUGGCCUGUGUGGAUGUGAAUGAGUGUGAUGACUUGAACGGGCCUGCUGCCCUCUGUGUCCAUGGUCACUGCGAGAACACGGAGGGCUCCUACCGCUGCCACUGCCCCCCAGGUUAUGUGGCUGAAGCAGGUCCCCCACACUGCACUGCCAAGGAGUAGACAUGAGGGGUCAGUAUGAGCAGUUAGCUGGAAGUGGACCCCCGCCACAGGCGGGGCCUUGAGGAAGCCUUCCUAGCUGGGGAGGCACCGUGAAGCCAUCUGAAGAUAUCGGGCAGGGGGCCCUGCAGCCCAGCUCCCACCCAGCCUCGCCUGCUCUUCAUCUCCCCCAGCUUCAGCUCUGGCUGGGAGCCUCUGUCACCGCCUCCACAGCGCCAUGCCCUUGCUUGGCUCAAACACCACCAAUUGCUUUAAUGCUUCAGCCACUGGCCAUGAGGCCCAGUCUGCCAUCUGCCCUGGCCUUGCUGUGGGCUGCCUACCAAAGGAUGGCCAUCAACCAGCCCUACAAGCUGUGCAGACAUGCCGGGCCCUUCACCUGACACUGCACGCCCCCCUUUCCAGCCACGAUCCACAGAUCAUCCUGAUGAUUCCACAUCUGGGUCAGAGGCUACAUCUGUCCCAGGCUGGUCCUUCAGCAUCUACUGAGCAAAAAAGGGAGGGGGCCACUCCACUACCUCCUCUCAGGAACCAUCACAUCACGGCCACCAAGCCAAUCUGGUCUGGGCCAGAUUUUGCCACAUCUUCACCCUCUUCUCAGUUCUGUAGCCCCAGGGAGGGGCAGAAGAUCCCCUCAUCUCAGAGAAGCAAGACUGAUGCUAGCUUGCUAGUAAGAGAUGCAAAUGAAGGGGAGCAAGGAGCCUGAGAGAGCAGCAAGAGGGCAACAGAAAAAUACAGGGGGAAUUGGUAAGAAAGGGGGAGCCAGGGCUUUAUACAAGUCUCAAGAAAAUAUCCAGUAGUUUCAGGUAAAUAAGCAUUCAAAAUCUACCCAGCGACAGCUCCUGCGCACCACGGCCAGGUGCCUGUCUCCAAAGACCUGCAUUAAAGACAUACUGCUUCUUACCGAAACAAAUAUCUCCUGGGUUCUCCUUUUGUGGACAUCAAUUUGAUGUGCUAAAAAUAAAGAGGUCUAUCUUCUAGCUCGUGAAAUAGCGUAAUCUUGUUUAGAGGAAGCCAGAUUUCCUAUGUCGUUUCUUCUCUACUCAGAAGCAUCUGUCCUCUUCCCCUUCGUAAAAUGGAUGGCUGGCACCCCCGCGUUUACUAGUAGAGACUCCGACCUUGACUCGCGGGGAGUUUAGAACCACGGUGGAAUAAAGAAAUGUACAUCCGGGCUCUUCUGUUUUUUGUUUUUAUUUCAUAUUAAACCAAACUUCUUUACCAUGUUGGUUGAGUCUAAAUGUUAGAGAUGGGGCUGUGCUACCCUCUUGCCAGCUUGGCCAACAGCCUCUGGUUGGGUUCCAAAAGGUUUGCUACUCUUCCAAGACAAGGAAAGCUCUGACUUUGCAUUUCUCUGAUGGAUGACAAUGGAGAUGAAGAAGGCUCCAUGUGCCUGAAGACAUGGAGAUGAAUGUUCUUUUCUUAAACUGUCCUCUCCUAGCUGCUGCGCCGAUUGUCAGCCAUCACAUAAUAACUUACUGAAUGCUUGCUAAGUGCCAGACACUGUGUUGAAUGCUUUACAGGUUUCAUUUAAUCAUCCAACAACCCUACUGUUUUUAUUCCCAAUUUACAGAUGAGGAGACUGGACUUAACAAAAAUACAUAGUUCUUUAAUGUAUGAAAAUAUUCUGACCUUUAUUCCUAAUAAAAAGAAAUGCAAGUUAAACUACAUCGAGACACUCUUUAAUAUGUCAAGCUGGCAAAGAUUUAAGUUUGUUAAAACUCUUAGUCGGCAAGCAUCUGGGGAAAGAGAUACACAUACGUAGCUGACAGGAGUGUAUACUGACACAACUUCUAAAGAGGAUAAUACGGCAACGUCUUUCGAAAUUAUAACAGCACUUCCUCUUUAAAUCAGUAAUUCCACCUCAGGAAUUUAAAUGUAACCUUCAGGUAGAGUCUCACCAAAGGUAAAAUGACAUAUGUAAGAGGUUAUUAUAGCAUUAUUUAUAAUAGCAAAAGGUGAGAAACAAUUCAUUGCUAUGGAGCCCUUAAAGAAAGGAAAAAAAAAAAAAGUGGCCCUAAAUGCCUGGAAAAGAUAUCCAAAAUGGAUUAAGGGGAAAAGGAAGGCUGUACAACAAAGUGUAACAUGUGCUGCUAUUGCUAUUUGUCUAAACAAAGAGGGAAAAGAAUUGGAUCUGCUCACCUCAUCCUUGGCACUCCACCGCACAGCACACAGCGCAAAGGACUUGCCUUUCCUUGAGAUACCCCACUGGCACUGCCCCUCCUCCCGCCCCGUGCCCUCCUGCUCACCCUUGCAGAGAUGUUUCAUACGUACACACAUACUUCCAAACAUAUAGAAAUACAAAGAGCAUACUACGCAUGCUCUUCUGCACUUUGCUUUUUUGACUUAAUACACACUUGCACAUAAAGGGCUGUCUGGUUCUAAUUUACGACCGUGUAUUUCUCCACUGAAUGGAUAAAUCAUAAUUUAUUUAAUCAGUCCCACUGAUGGAUAUUUCCUUUGUUUCCUACCUUUUGCUAUUAUAAAUAAUGCUGUAACGAAUACCCUUGGGCAUAUUUCACAUGGUACCUAUGGGAUUAUGCAUGUGGGGUAAAAUCUUAGGAACAGUAGUAGCUUGUGGGGAGGGCGACACGGUGGAUGGGCACAGGACUGGGAGACUUCCCAUUGUAUCCCCUUUUGUGUCUCUUUGAAUUUUGUACCAUAUGUAUUAUCUAUUCAAAAAAAUAAAAUAUUUUUAAAUACA